AUGAAUCAAAUAGACGACAUAGAAGCUGCGAGCUUAUUGUAUAUAUUAUACAAGAGACGCCAAAGAAAAACCAAAAAGAAAACUGUACAACCACGCAGGUACUGGGUUCGGCUACCAUUGAAUUGGCUCCCAAUUUUGGUUGAUAAAUUCAAGUUUAGUUUUCAUAAACUCCUCCAAAAUGGCCAACAUCGGUAUAAAUGUACUAAAAGAGAAUGCACUGUCAAUUUAAAAGUAUUGGAAAAUGAAGAUAUCGUGUGGACAUCAUCCAAUCUAGAACAUAAACAUGAGGCGGACGAAGAACAUAAAAUUGAACGUCAAAUAAUAAGCAAUAAUUUGAAACGUAAGGCCACUGAAAAUUUUUGUGAACGCCCUUCCAAGUUAUUACAUUCAUAUUUACGGGAGAAUAAUACAAAUGCAAUUACAACCAAAGAUGUAACAUAUAUAAAACACAAUAUAUUUCAAGCUCGAGCAUCUUUACGACCAAAUUUGCCUCGUAGUAGACAAGAGGUACUUAUUAAGUUUAAAAUAUUGACUGCCUGUAUUGGGGAGCCAAUUCAAUUGCGCCGCUGGUUUCAUCCAUUGAACUUAAAAAGGCCACGUGAAGGACAAUUUCAGGUGAACUUUAUGGCUCGGAGAAGUUAUCCAGAAGAAUUUUAUAAAUACUACAGAAUGACCAUAACAUCAUUUGAUGUACUAUUUUCUUUGGUUCAAAAAGAUCUGACUAAGCAACUCACUUGUUUACGUGUUCCUAUAUCACCUGAAGAGAGGCUGACAGUUACAUUAAGAUAUUUGGCAACUGGAACCAACUUUUCAGCACUGCAUUUUGAUUUUUUAAUGGGUGUUUCAAGAAUUUCUAAUAUUAUAAAUGAAACGUGUGAUAUCUUAUGGAAAAUUUUGCAACCUAGAGAAAUGUCUGUACCAACCACAGAAGACUGGCUGCAAAUUUCUAAAAGUUUUUAUGAAAAAACUCAAUUCCCAAAUUGUGUUGGUGCAGUCGACGGAAAGCAUGUACGGUUGGAAUGUCCAAAAAAUAGUGGAUCACAGUACUUUAACUAUAAACACUUUUAUUCCCUUAUCCUUCUCGCUAUAUGUGAUGCUGAUUAUUGUUUUCGGAUUAUUGAUGUUGGCUCAUAUGGUAAAGAGAGCGAUUGCAAUGUAUUUAAAAAAUCAGUUUUUGGGAAAAAUCUUUAUGCUGAUAAAGUUAAUUUUCCACCAGACAACGUCUUACCUGGAGAUGAAGAAGGUAUACCUCAACCAUAUGUGAUUGUUGGUGAUGAGUCAUUUGCAUUAAAUAAACAUUUAUUAAGGCCCUUCCCAGGAAAAUCUUUAAAUGACCAAAGAAGAGUCUUUAACUAUCGUUUAUCAAGAGCUCGGCAAAACAUUGAAUAUACUUUUGGUAUUCUAAGCAACAAAUGGAGAAUAUUUCAUACGCCUAUUUUAGCAUCUCCCGAUUUUGCUGUCAAAAUUAUAAAAGCCACUUGUGUUCUAAAUAACUUUGUACGCCGCAGAGAUAGUUUCAGUGCAGAAGAUACAUUUAACUGCAAACUGGAAGACUACAGUAUCAAAAAAGGUGUCGGAAAUGCCUCGUCAGAAGCCAAAGAAGUGAGAGAAUAUUUUGUCAAUUAUAUAAACUCACCUGGAAAUAUUUUAAGCUGGCAAAAUAAAGUAAUUGGGUGA